AUGAGCGAUCAAGUACUGGAUCACAUAUGCCCUCUAUCUGGCUUUGAUGACGAAGUCUACAGUAUAGAACUCAUCAGUGAAUUAGCCAAACCCCAAGAACCUCAGGCACGUCUCGUUGAACGGCAGACGUACUACAGCUCAUCAAUUUGCGACAGCUGGGCCGUAUGGAAUGGCUUUGGGGCCUUCCUAGGGGAGGAAUUCCGCGAGGACAUCGCCCGCAUGUACGCCAAACGAGAAUUCAUCCUUGCACCUACGUUCAGGCUCUACUGCGACAUCGUGGACUUCAUCAAGCACGCAGGAAUUCUCGGUCGCAGCGAAGAGGACCUGUCGCCUCGCCGCCCCCUGACCGCAUUGUGUCCACCUUCUGGCCGCUACCGCUAUGUGUUCAUUCCAUUCACGGACGCGGCGCGCAAGCUGCAGACCGAACUCAAGAUGCAGCCUCAGACGGAGGAUGAUCUGAACGGGGGCGUACACCCAGUCACCGGCGAAGCUGUCCUUCCCGGGAGCGACGAAUUCACCGUCAUCGAGUGCCAUGCGCACCCGUUCUCGGUCAGCACCUACGCAACGAAUGCAUUCAACUUUGGCUUCGUCGAUGGAACACCACAUACCGCACAGUGGGCGAUUUGCGUCGGCUUCGUACAACGUCAAUGGCGGUACCCAGAGUUCACUGUCCCCCAAUGGUUCCUCGAUGCGCCGAAGAAGGAAGAGGGCGACUACUCGAUCAAAGGCUCGGAGAAGUCCGGCUACAGCGUGGGCUCCCUCAUGAACUCCCUGCAACGCGCGCCCGGGAAUGUGGAAGAGAUACUCAAGGUCAACGAGUUAGAUUAUAACGAACCGCGCCAGAAGGUCCUCGAGUGGUUCGAGCGGAACAAGCAGCCCUCGAAGCUCCGGCGCUCGAAACGAAUAGCAGAACGCAUGGAGCGCGCGUCCUCGUAUGGUUCCGCCGUGAAGCCGUCCUCGCUUGACUCGCUUGGUCCGCCACCCUCGCCCCCGCCCCGCCGCCGCCGCAAGGCGUCCCCGCCAGCGCGCGCGUACGAUGUCAACACGGAGCGUGCGACUCCCGAAUGGGUGCAGCAGAACGGCCGCUUCCCGACGCGGGAGUUCUCGAGCAACGACUGGGCAUUCUUCUACUACUCGACGUCACUCGUGGGCCAACCACCGGAUCGUCAAAGUGGCUCCUGAGCUCGGCCUGAGCAUCGAACGGUUCUCAUAGCUCACCGCUUCGAUGCGUAGACGCUUUGGUCAGUUCUCGCUCGGCCUAAUGCUGUCUUUCGACAAGCAACUCACCCCCAUGGCCGCGCAAUUCGGAC